AUGGCGACCUUCCGCAGCGUGGUUCUGGCGCAGCCCGAGAUCGCAUCGAUCAUCUUCGGCCUCCAGUUUGGCGUCUACGAAGACGUCGCGUCCCGCUUCCGCGCCUUCAACCACCUCGUGGACGUGCGCCGGGCGAUGGACGACGACGUAAGCUCCUCCACGUAUUACGCCCUCGACAUAGCAUUCCAGACGAACUAUCUCGCUCGCAAAGAUGGAUCGAUGACGACGUGUAUUGACGCCAAACGCUUGUGCCUCACCAAGCAACUCACGCGCGACGCUCGCUUCCCGCUGCACUUGGCGAUUUGCGAAGGUGACUUGGUCGCGACGCAGCGGAUCGUCGCCUGCCGCCCCGACCUCGUGUACCAAGAAGCCAUCGAGGCGGCGCUCAUGACUGGCCAUCUUGAGAUCGCAGACUUUCUACUGCAGACGCACGCUGUCGACCGCAGCUUUGACGACGAGACCUUGGGUUGCGUCUCGCGGCCGCUAGACGCCUGGCUGCCCGCCGCGCUGCUGUCGACCAACAAUGCGGAUGCGCUAGCACUGCUGUGGCGUCGCCGCCAACUCGAGUGGCCGGGCGAUGUGCUCCGUUUGGCCAGCGAUGCGGGCGCGCCUCAAGUCAUUGCGUUCUUGUACAAGCACAUGCCUCACACAGUGUACGACGGCUUCGUGGACGUUGCCGCCAGCCACGGUCUCUUGGAGAUUGUCAUCGACCUCGUCGCGCGCGGUUUCAGCUGCACCGCCGAUGCACUGGACACGGCCGCUACGAAUGGUCACGUCGACAUCGUCCGCUUCCUCAUGGAGCAGUGCCACCAAGUGCCGUCGCGGACGACGAUGCGAAACGCUGCGAACGAAGGACACUUGGCCGUCGUCAAGUACCUGCACGAGCUCGGGACCUUGGAUAAUGCAAUCAAGACCGCUUUCGGGGCUGCUUGGUACGACCACGACGACAUUGUGCGGUACCUUGUGGCCAACCGCCGCGAGGGCGACUGCACCCUGCGCUUCGACGCGCCCGUGUCGGACCUCGUCUUCAUUGCGGCGUACUUGCUCUCGAUCGGACACACGCUGGAGAAAAUCGCAGUGUGCUUCUCGACCAUUACAAGGAAGCGAAUGUCGGGCGUCCUGGAGGUUGUUGCCUUUUUCAGCGAGCGUGGGGCUGUGCUUGACGCUACCUGGAUGAUCGGCGCUUGUGAGCGAGGCGACAUGGACGUCGUCGUCUACCUCCACGACCACGGCGCAGCGUCAGCUCCCGAAGCCAUCGAUGAAGCUGUGUGGAACGAGCAAUGGGCCAUCGUCGAUUUUCUCAUGGCGCAUCGAACCGAAGGCGCGACGCUCAUUGGCAUUGAGUUUGCACUUGUCCACAGCCAGUUUGAUCUGAUCACGCGGCUUUGGGCCAAGCAGCCCGAGCUCCGCGACGACGACCUCUUGCGCACCGCCCUUGUCAGCAACGUGCCCGACGCUGUUCAUUUUCUGCUGCAAGCGGGGGUCGGAAAGCCACGCGAAAUGCUCAGCUUGCUUGCUCCAAGAUGGUCGCACCCAGCUUUGCUCCGAGUCCUUCUGCCGUACGUCCUGGACGCGCCGACGCCGAUCGAGAACCUCGCGCACCUCGUCGAGACAUUUGCUAACGUGGCACACAACAUUUCCAAGUCCAACCUCUUGGUCAUCAAAGCCGAGAUGCUUCGCCAGGCCAACGACCUCGUCGACGCCAGCGACGACCUCCAAGCUCACGCCGCCACACUCUUGCGUCGGGGCGCCGAGACGACCACAGAACGUGAUGAUGGCAUGCGGGUGCUGGACCGCGCGGCUCUCUUUGACUGGGCACUCGCAGUGCUCAUCGUACAAUUCUCGACGGACGCUCCGACCAUGGCCGCCCAGAAGACGCGACUGGACGCGUGGAUGAUCAUGGUCGACGACCCUCUUCUGCGCUCACAACUCCGCACUCGCCUUGACGAGAAGGGCAGCGUUUAG